AUGAACUCCCCUUCGAGACUCCAGGUUGCCAUUGUAGGUGGGGGCUUGGCCGGGACUUUGGCAGCGCGAGUUCUUCGAGAGCAUCAUGAUGUUACCAUCUACGAGCGGGGUAAGACAGCCAUCGAGGUUGGCGCCGCCAUUAAUAUCGGCCCAAAUGGUGUAAAGAUCCUGGAGCAGUUAGGGUUUGAUCGGACUCGCGUCGGAUCGUUGCCUGUCGGCAGAACCCUGACAUGGAACAAACAAGGGGAGCUCAAGUUGGAGUCCGACAUGAAGUGCGUUGAAGAGUACGGGGCUGACUGGCUGUUCAAUCACCGUGCGGACCUCCGCGACGAAUUUCUUCGGCUUGCCACUGCGUCAUCCGAUGACCUUAAAAUAGGGGGAGCCCCGGCCACAAUCCGAUAUGGAGCAGAGGUCGUGAAUGUGGACGUUGAUCAAGGUGUCUUAACUCUCGCCAGUGGCGAGGUGAUCACUGCCCAUCUCGUAAUAGGCAAGUCUGCCGAUGGGAUCAAGUCUCGAAUUCGCCCCCUCGUUGUGGGAGAUGCUGCUUUGUCAACGGCCCGCCCGUCUGGGAUGUCUGCUUUCCGCUUCACUCUGCUUGCAGAGGAGAUCAAAAACAAGAACGGUGGUGCGGUGCCUGAUCUCCUAGACCCCACCAAAUCGGCCUGUCUGAAUAUGGUGCUUGCAUUCGAUCAAACCAAUCGGUCUGUAGUGAUGUACCCAUGUCGAAAUUUCGAAAUACUGAACUUUGUCUGCAUCGUGCCUGACAUGUCCCUUAAAGAGGCGACAAGCGAGUCUUGGUCUGCAGCAGGCGAUAGGGAAGAGCUUAUUUCUCUAUUUACCGACUUCCCUCCUGCAAUUGUCCAGUAUUUCAAAUACGCAACGGAUAUUAAACUUUGGCAACUUCGAGAUCAAGACCCGCUCCCAACGUAUAUCAAAGGCCGUACUGUCCUGAUCGGUGAUGCUGCACAUCCAAUGACGCCCCAUCAAGGCCAAGGAGGAACGCAGGCUGUUGAGGAUGCCGAAGGUUUGCGUCUAUUUAGCGAAAUAAACUUCCCAUCUUAUGAUGUAGCGCAGAUCCUUCGGGAUUUUGACCGAGUCAGAAGGCCGCGUGCUGCUCAAAUUCAGAACAAUACGAGGAAGUCGAUUGAAAGGAGAUCUGCUGAAGAUAUUUAUUCGUUUGCGAAAUACAACUGGACCUAUCCUGGCAUAAAAGAGUGCCUACGACGAAUUGAUGCUGGGGUAGAGAUGAUCCAAUUUUAA